AUGAAGAGCGAGAAACUUAGAGAGCUUAAGAAAGAAUGUGGCAGCAAAGGUCUCAGUUUCGAUUCUUGGGCCAAUAGAUGCUUUGAGGGUUAUUGUGCUAUGACAGGCUCUUGCCAGUCGUCUCCCGGAUCUAGUAUAAGCCCUUACUGCUGGAUAGCAGCCAACUCGUGGGGGCAUGGGCUAAGGUGUGGAACUACAAGCGAUUGCGCGGAGGCUGCUCUUAACUGGGGAAAAUGUAUCGUCGGCUCAUGUGCUUUUGAUCGCGCUAGCGGAAGAACCUGUGACCAGAUGAACAGGAGGAAUCUGGGAGAGCUGAAGAAAGAAUGUGAUACCAGAGGUUUCAGCUUUGAUUCUUGGGCCAGAAGAUACGACAAAGCUGUUAAAUUGUUCAACAGGUUUAGCCCCUGCUUCAGUAAACACAUUGAGGACCAAACCAAAAAGGUUAUAAAAUACUGUCACUGCUUGAACUCCUGUGGAAAAGAUCAGACUCAAGAUGGCUCCUGCACAGUCAGCGGCUUGGAUAGGAGAUUGGAUACGGAGUUGGACGUCAAAUCACCCUACACAGCGGUGUGCGCCAUAGAUUGUAAACCGAAAGAAAAGCUUGUCUUCUUGCAAAAAGUGAUAAACGAGCAUCGCACUGAAAAAGCUACCAAAACGAUCACCAUAACUAAAGGAAUGUCUUCUUCCAAGUCUACGUCCAGUGGUGGAAGUUCAAGUGUAACUGUAUCAGGGGAAGUCGGACUUAGCGUGAUGAAACUUUUUGACGCAAAGAUCGGUGCAUCAGGAGCAUUUCAGCAUGACUGGAGUUUGUCUACUACUGGGACGGAAUAUCAGGAAGUGACUAGUGGAAUAUCCAUCGGUGUUCAGCCAGGAGACGAAGUAUCAGUGUCUCAGGUUGUUGGCGAGUGUAAAAACAGUGAUGGCACUGUUUACACUAUAAAAACACCCACUUAUGUUAUCAAAGGCAAAGAUGGCUCAUCCGAAACCAGGGAGGCAGAUUUCUCUGAGGCCGAAGAUAGGUUGUCGUAG